AUUGUGGGCGUCGCGCCGCAGCGUGUCUGGAACACGAACUGGAGCCGCUGCCAUUCAGAUGAGCGCACAAAGGUGAGCGCACCGUCAGUCAUAUUCCCACCGCCGGACUCUGUGCUCAUUUCCUCGGAGGGAGGGGGAUUUUUGGCCGAAGCUGGACUGGAUUGACUCACCGGCUCUGAGGGAGGCUCCGUGGAAAUAGGCUACACGAUAUUCUUUGACAGAAGAGAUCUACAACAGGGUUCAAAAUGCCUAAACCUGUAAAUGUUCGCGUCACUUCGAUGGACGCGGAGCUGGAGUUUGCCGUUCAGCCCAGCACAACUGGCAAGCAGCUAUUUGACCAGGUGGUGAAGACCAUCGGGUUACGUGAAAUAUGGUACUUCGGACUACAGUAUAUGGACAGCAAAGGGUACUUUACAUGGCUGAAACUUGAUAAAAAGGUCUCCUCUCAAGAUGUGAAGAAGGAGAACCCUCUCCAGUUUAAAUUCCGUGCCAAGUUCUUCCCAGAAGAUGUGGCGGAUGAGUUGAUCCAGGAUAUCACUCAAAAGCUGUUCUUCAUGCAAGUGAAAGAUGCCAUUCUGAGUGAUGAAAUCUACUGUCCUCCAGAGACUGCGGUGCUUCUGGGCUCCUAUUCGGUGCAGGCCAAAUUUGGUGAUUUCAGCAAGGAAGUGCACAGGCCUGGAUACCUGACCUCAGAUCGCCUCCUGCCCCAACGGGUUCUAGACCAGCACAAGUUGUCACGGGACCAGUGGGAGGAGAGGAUUCAGGUGUGGCAUGAAGAGCAUCGUGGAAUGCUCAAAGAGGACGCAAUGCUUGAGUACCUGAAGAUUGCUCAGGAUCUGGAAAUGUAUGGAGUGAACUACUUUGACAUCAAGAACAAGAAGGGAACGGAGCUGAGGCUGGGUGUGGAUGCCCUGGGCCUAAAUAUCUAUGAGAAAGAAGACAAACUCACUCCGAAAAUUGGAUUCCCCUGGAGCGAAAUAAGAAACAUUUCCUUCAACGAUAAGAAGUUUGCCAUCAAGCCCAUAGAUAAAAAAGCUCCAGAUUUUGUGUUUUACGCCCCGCGGUUGCGCAUUAAUAAACGUAUCCUACAGCUGUGUAUGGGGAACCAUGAGCUUUACAUGCGCCGCAGGAAGCCGGACACCAUCGAGGUGCAGCAGAUGAAAGCACAGGCUCGAGAGGAGAAACAACACAAACAGAUGGAGAGAGCUCAGCUGGAGAGUGAGAAGAAGAGACGAGAGGCCAUAGAGAGAGAGAAAGAGCAGAUGGAGAGGGAGAAACAAGAGCUGAUGAUGCGACUGUACCAGUUUGAGGAGAAGACCAAAAAAGCGGAAAAAGACCUGCAGGAGCAAAUGCAGAGGGCCAUGCAGCUGGAGAGUGAACGGAGGCUGGCAGAGGAGGAGGCAGCCAGAUUGGAGGCAGAAAGGCAGGCAGCACUGCUCGCAAAGGAGGAACUGGCCCGUCAAGCCCAGAAUCAGCUGACGAGUCAAGAACAGCUGGCUGCUGAGCUGGCAGAACAUACUGCUCGUAUUGCACUCCUGGAGGAAGCCAAAAAACGCAAGGAGGAGGAAGCCAUGACAUGGCAGCACAGAGCACAAGAGGCCCAAGAUGACCUGGUGAAGACCCGUGAGGAGCUUCACAUGGUGAUGACGGCGCCGCCUCUCCCUCCACCACCACCUGCAUAUGAACCUGAUGAGAAUGAGUACGAAGAUGGCGAGAGCAACAGUAGCUACAGUGCAGACCUGCAGACAGGCGGUAUCAAUGACCACCGCUACGAAGAACAGCGGAUCACUGAGGCCGAGAAGAAUGAACGAGUUCAGAAACAGCUGUUGGUAAGUAUAACAUUGCAGGAGCAACUGGAUGAACUUUCCUAGGCUCCAGGAUUAGAGCCUAAAGCCCGAAACACACUGCACAAUUUUAGCAAUCCUAUAAGAUCACUGCAUGUCACACUGUGCGACAUGGACUUAAUAAACUCGGCUACGAUGUGUGUGUAGACCGUACGAUGAGGACACCUGUUGACUUGUACGAUAUGACGAUACGACGUUACUAUAGAAAAAUAAAACGUCAUCAGCAUGCGCUAGUGGUAAAAAGAC